AUACAGCUCUCAGAAGCCAGAUGCGCUCGCGAACAGACUUUGACGCAGAUAAACGCGAUGAAUGUGUGUAACCGGAGUUGGCUUCACCCAGUGAUCCGUUAGCGCCCUAUGGAGCGGGCUGACCGGGGGAAAGACAGCAGGUUGCUGAAGAACCAGCCGUACGACGAGAGCCUGGAGGUGAUCGACUCCGAGGAGGUCGCGAGCGUCUACAGCCCGACUCCCCGCAGCCAGCGGCAGUCAGAGUCCAGGAGGAGCAGGAAGGGGCGUGGCCUGAUGUCGGCAAAUAGUGACGAGUUGGACGAGGACCUCAACGAGCCAACCGGCAGGAGGCCUGGGGUCAGUCCGAACGAGGACGAGGAGGAAGAGGAAGAAGAGGAGGAGGAGGAGGAUGACUCUGAUGAAGAGGACUCCGACGAUGACGACGAGCCCGGCAAGGCUCUGGAGGGGGCGUACGACCCCGCAGACUACGCCAACCUGCCCGUCAGCACCGAGAUCAAAGAGCUGUUUCAGUACAUCACACGCUACAGCCCUCAGUCCAUGGAGCUGGAGCACAGCCUGAAGCCCUUCAUCCCAGACUUCAUCCCAGCUGUGGGAGACAUCGACGCCUUCCUGAAGGUGCCGAGGCCGGACGGUAAAGAGGACAGUCUGGGUCUGCUGUUUCUGGACGAGCCCAGUGUGAAACAGUCGGACCCCACGGUGCUGUCGCUGUGGCUGUCAGAGGAGAGCAAACAGCACGGAGCCACCGAGCUGAAGAAGGUGACGAGCGUUGCCAGUCCUCAGACCAACCCUCGGGCGGUGGACAGCUGGGUGGAGAGUAUCAGCGCUCUGCACCGCUCCAAACCUCCGGCCAGCGUUCAGUACGGCCGAGCGAUGCCGGACAUCGACAGCCUGAUGCAGGAGUGGCCGGCUGAGCUGGAGGAGCUGCUGGGCCGCCUGCAGCUGCCGCCCGCCCGCCUGCACUGCAGUCUGGCCGAGUACAGCGACGCCAUCUGCGGCCUGCUGGACGUCCCCGUGUACAACAGCAGGAUCCAGUCUCUGCACCUGCUGUUCAGCCUCUACCUGGAGUUCAGAGACUCGCAGCACUUCACACGCAGAGCUUAGGGAGAGGCUGGAGGAUCUGAGAAGCAGACCUGUGGUCAGUGUGCAGAAGAAGAAGUGAAGGCUGAUUUAAUGUCUGUAUUCCAGCUGCUUGUUUAUAUUCCAGAGUCCCAGCAGUUGUGUUCACAGCGUUCGGAGUUUGACUCAGUUGAUUGAACUCAAAUAACAGCAAUAAGACUUCAACAGACUCAGACACAGUUGUGUUAAAGACCUUCCUUUCUGUUUAAAUAUUAGUUUAAUGUCAAUAAGCAGACCUUAAUGUGCAUUGUUUACUCACAGGCAGUACAGAUAGUUUAGGAAAGAGCUGCAGGCUGUCAUUUACUCAAGUACUGUACCGAAGUACUUUGACUUUACUUGAGUAUUUCCAUUUUCUGUUACUUUUCACUUCUGCUCCACUACAGUGAAAUGUUGUACUUUUUACUCCAGUACAUUUAUUUUUCCACCUCAACUUCCAGAUUAAAAUGAAUGUCUCUCUUGAAAAUGCUCUUUGAGUUUAAUUAA